AUGCCAAUUCACAACUUGUCAGAGCAUAUACUUGCAACUACAUUUCUCUCCUAUAUAUCCUCUAAACAUGGCUACCCUAAAACCAAUUUCAACUCUUCUCCUCUUCUCUCCCUCCUCUUGUCCACCUCCGCAGCCAAACCAGGCAAGAGAGUCCGGGCUCACAAACCGUGUAAGAAGCUGGUGUUUUACUUCCAUGACAUUAUUUACAACGGAAAGAAUGCCAAGAACGCAACAUCAGCCAUUGUUGGAGCACCAGCUUGGGGAAACAGAACCAUAUUGGCAAGAAAAAGCCAUUUCGGGAACAUGGUUGUGCCAGAUGACCCCAUUACCUUAGACAAUAAUCUACACUCAACCCCAGUUGGUCGCGCACAAGGCUUCUACUUGUACGAAAAGAAACAUAUUCACUGCUUGGCUUGGCUUCUCCUUUGUGUUUAA